AUGAAUUCGGAAGAUAGCGUCGACUACUGCCCCUACCGGCAGAACCUUGACCUGAGCCAAGUUCAGACGCAAGACUUCUCCAAUGUCAGCUACUUCCAACAAGGUUCGGAUUCCGAACUGGAAAAUGAGGGCGACGUAUAUGCCAAUGGCGUGACAUAUCCCUCGCAGCCGGCUCCGACGAGUAGUAAGAAGAGCAAGAAGAAGAGCAAAAAGGACAAGAAGGCAGCAGCUGCCGCAGCUCAGUACUACAACGAAGAACCAAUACCGCAAGAGUUCUCUCCCAUCCCCGAAGCUCCUUACGAGCCUUACGAGGAAGUCAUUGCCGAAGACGAGUGGGCGCCGCCACCAACAACAACUUCCAAGAAGGAGAAGAAGAAGAAGAAAAAGAAGAGCCAAAAGGAGGAAGCUGUCGCCGCUCCUCCUCCCCCGCCCCCGCCGCCUGUCGAGCCAGAACCAGAACCAGAGCCUGAGCCCGAGCCCGAGCCCGACUUAGAGCCAGAACCGGAACCUGAGCCCGAGCCGAUCGUCGAGAAAGAAGUCCCGGAGCCGACGCCCCCUUCUCCCAAGAAGUCGAAGGAGUCAGCCAAGGAAGCCGUCAAGGAAUCCUCGAAAGACUCCAAAAAAGACAAGAAAGACAAGAAGAAGGACAAAAAGAAGAAAAAGAAGGGCGCCAAGGACCCCGAGCCUGAGCCGGUCGAGAGCUCUAAAUCCGCUCCCCCGCCUCCUCCCCCUCCCGCCGCGGAGGACGUUAAGCCAAAGAUGGACGAACCGGCCGCUCCGCCACCCGAGGCUGUGAUCGAACCCAAGGAGGAUACCCCCGUUGCAGAGCCCGCGCCGAGUGCCGAACGCAGUCUCGGUGAAUCCAAGGACGACGACAAGGGCGACUCCAAUGCUGCCCAGGUCGCCGCUGGCGCCGCCGCCAUCGCGGUGGCUACUGGCGCGGCUGUUGUCGCAGCGGACGCAAUUACUUCUGACAGCCCUGACGGUUCCAAUGAGGAGGAGAAGCAGGUUGACGGGGACGACAAGCCGGUCGAAGCCGUCUCAGACGCCCAAGGCGAUGAGGAACAACCAGACCCCAGCGACGAGGCCACGGACGCUGCUGUUGAAGCUGCCCCUGCCGAGGGUGAGCAGCCUGCUCCAGAGUCUCCAGCUGAAGAGGAACAACCAGCCUCUGCAGACGAGGUGAAGGACGCUGCCGUUGAAGAAGUCGCCGAGAGUGAACCGCCAGCUCCGGCAGAAGAAGCUACCGACAACGCCGAUGCUGUAACUGAGGAGGCACAGCCAGCCCCUGCGGACGAGGUCACAAACGCUGCCGCCGAGGAGGCCGUUGAGAGUGAACCGCCGGCUCCAAGCGAGGCCGUUCCAGACGCCCCAACUGAAGAGGAACAACCACCUCCGGCAGAAGAGGCUGCGAGCGAUGCUGUCCAGGAUACCCCCGCUGAGAGCGAACCGCCAGCGUCGAGCGAGCCUGUUCAAGACUCUCCGGCUGAGGAAGACCAAGCUCCUGCUACAGCUGAGAACCCCAGCGACGUCGUUGAGGAUGCUCCAGUAGACGCAAGCACCAGCGAUGACGCCCCUGUUGCUGCAGCUGGCGAGGAGCAACCGGCUGUUGAGGCUACACAAGAUACCGUUGACGACAGCGCCCCCGACAGUGAACUGCCAGCUGUUAGCGAACCAGUUGAAGAGCCAGCGGCUGAGAAGUCAACAGCUGAUGAGCCCGCUGUCGAAGAGCCCGCAGCUGAGGAGGCCGCAGUCGAGAAGCCAGCAGCCGAAACGUCGAAACCUGAGGAGCCUACCGCUGAGGAGCCCUCAGCUGAGGAGCCAGCAGUCGAGGAGCCAAAAGCUGAUGAGCCCACAGUCGAGGAGCCAGCAGCCGAUGACCCAGAGACUGAGGGAGCAGCUGCUGAGGAGCCCAAAACUGAGGAGCCAGCGGUCGAGGCGUCAAAAUCUGAGGAACCUACCGCUGAGGAGCCCGCAGUCGAGGAGCCAAAAGCUGAGGAACCCACCGCUGAGGAGCCAGCAGCUGAGGAGCCUUCAGUCGAGGAGCCUACAACAGAUGAGCCUACAGCGGAGGAUGCCAGCAACGUCGUUGCGGAUGCCCCAGUAGACACAAGUACAAGCGACAGCGUCCCCGACACUGCAGUUAAGGACCAGCCCGCUCCUGCAGCCGAUGAUGCUGACAAAGCCGUUGAGGAUGCUCCUGCGGACGAAGCUUCAAGUAAUGUCGUCGAUGAAAAGGCAGAUCCUCAAAGCGAAACUGUCCCAGACGCCGUACCGGACGCUGUUCCAGUCGAGACUAGCGAGAGCCAAGAUGCUUCUCCGGAGGUCGUUGUGGAGGCGCAGAGUGACGAACCAGCUCCUGAGCCCGCCACUGACAUCCAGCCAACUGAGGGAUCGGACGAGCAAGCUUCCCCUGAGGUUGAUGGCAGCGAUCCAGCCCCGCCGGUCGACUCUGUUGAAGACGCACAGAGCGAAGAAGUCGUCAACAAAGAGGAGCUUUCAACCGAGGCUCCAGAGGCCCCAGCCGCUGUCGAGAGCUCAAUGCCUACCGAGAGCCCAGUAGACGACAAGCAGGCCGAACCAGGUCCCAGCGAGCCAGAAAACGCGACAAGUACCGCACCAGUCGACAACCCCGACGAUGUCAGUCCCGUGGAAGCCGACGCGACUCAGGUGAACGACGAUGCUGAGGAGGCGACUCCCGUAGAGGAACCGGUCGAGCAAGCCCCGCCUGCGGCCGAGUCUGAGGAAAGCACCCCUGAGAAGGCACUUGAAGAGACUGCCCCCUUGGAGGACUCCCCAGAAGAACCAACGCAGGCCUCCGAGGGCGGCGAGGUUCAAAAGAACACGGACACCUCGGCAGAGCCAGUUGAACCUCAACCGCCGACCGAAGAUGCCGCCGGCCCAUCCAGCGAUGAGCCGGCCGGAGAAGCUGUCGUCGAACCAGUCAAUGAGGCGGCUGAACAGGCUGAACCAUCCGAUAGCCCUGCAGACAGUACUCCUUCCGGCGAUUCUGACGACACCAACGCGGCCGCCGAUGACUCAGUCGAGCAGGCCGAGCCAGACAAGGCCAAUGAGAGUGUCGUCGAGACAGCCCCAGUUGAAGAUCCCGCGCCCGUGGAGGAGGACAAGAGCGCUGAACCCGAAUCCUCAGAGUCUCAGGAACCCGCAUCCGAGACAGCACCAAGCCAAGAUACGGAGGCGGAUGCAAUUCAGACUCCCGCCGAAUCUGCGGAGAAGGACGAGGUCGCUGACGGUCCUGAGAGUCCCGAAGCUGCACCAGUCGUUGACGAGAAGUCCGGCGAGGAGCAAGCUGAAGCAUCUCCGGAGACCACCGAGGUUGAAGAGACACAACAGUCUGAUCCUCAGGCGGAAAGCGGCGACACUGCAGCUACACAGGAAGCCGAUCCUCCUGCUGCGGCUGAAGAACCCGCCGCAGAGCAGUCGACUGAGGCGCCCAUCGUACCCGAUGAUGACAAGAACGCCGACGAGGACAAGGCCGACGCGCCCGAGCCGACAGAGGCACAGUCCGAGACGCCCCAGGUCGAGGAAGGCGACAAAGCUAACGGACCCACAUCGGAGCCGGAGGCGGAGCCAGCCCCGAUCUCGGACGCGGACGCCGCUGCGGAUGUGGCCCAAGCGUCAUUGACCGAGCCGGAAGGUGGGGCCGACGGCGAAGCUGCGGAACCACCUGCCGAGGUUUCUCAGGAAGACGGUGCUCCGCCUAGUAACGAGGACACAGACAAUACCGCUGCCGGCGACGAUGGUGCGGUGCCCAGUCCUGAGGUUGAAGGCGAAAGCUCCAAGCCGGAUGAGGACUCAGCUCCAGAGGCCGCCGUUGAACAACCUGUCUCCGCUGAAGAUGUUCAGACUACCAGUGAAUCUGCGGACAAGGACGAAGACGCCACAAACGUGACCGAAGAUCCUGUGCCAACCGAAAAGGACUUGUCAAGCGGUAAACCGGAUGAACCUGUCGCCGAUGAAGCUGAAAGUGGAACGCCUGAAGAUGGCAGCGACAGCAAGCCCGAGGAAACUGUUUCUGAGCCUCCUGCCGAUCCCGAGGCGAAACCUGAGGCAGAGGAGCCCCAAGAAACACCAGCGCCUGAUUCCACACAGGAUGCCGAACCGAGCUCGGAGCCUCAGCAAGCAGAAGCACAAGAGGAAGCCGAGAAGACUCAGGCAGACGACGCUGUGCCGCCUGAACCUCAGGAGGAGGCUAAAGCAAAUGACGACGCCGACCAGUCUGCUGUAGAACAAGAUCCAGCCGUCGACGAGCAGCCUCCUACUCAGGAAGAAUCUGCUGCGGCUGAACAAGAGCCAGAGACAGCCCCAGUUGACUCCGCAGAUCAAGACACCUCCGCUGCUGGGGACGACGUGAAAGCAACUGACGAUAACGUCGAGGCGCCUGAAUCAACGGAGGCGCAGCCCGAGACUGCUGAGUCGGCUCCGACGCAGGACGAAAGCGAGGCUCCCGCCGAACCUAGCGCCCAGCCAGGGCAGGCCGGUGAGACCGAAGGUGAAGUCGCUCCUCCCGAAGAUUCGGCUGCCUCGACACCCACGGACGGCGACAAAUCCGAGGACCCUCCCACGGAACUGGAACCAGAGGUAGCGGAAGCGCCCGUCGAGCCUUCGGAGCAAGAAAAGGGCGCGGAUGCUCCUGAAACCGGCAACGACGGCGAGGUUCCCAGCGCUGACGCUGAAGGCGCAAGCUCCAACCCGGAUGGCAAUUCAGACGACAAGGAUGCACCAGUGUCAACAGAAGGUAUGGACCAGUACGAGAUGAUCAGCGAUGGCAAGGAAUUCACUUUCGCCGAAAGCGCCAAAGAACAAGUUUCAACUGAGCUAACAAACCCGCCUCAAGAAGACACGAAACAGCCAUCAGAGACUGUGGUUGAUGGCAAUGAAAGCACCGAGGCCGAGGAGGCCACCAAGGCCGACGAAGAACCUCCUGCACCAGCCGAUCAGGACCCUCCAAACGACGAUUCUGGUGAUGCCAGCGCGCCUGCAGAUGAGCCGACGGAUGAUCCCGCUCCCACAGCCGAUGGCGAACAAGAAGCAGCUCAAGAUGCCCCCGUCCCAGCUCCGGAAUCAACCGAUGAGGCGCCUCCAGUUGAGAGCGAGCCUCCCAGCUCGACUGAGGAGACUGCAAAGGAGGACGUCCCUGCGGCUGAGGAAGCUGCCGAACAAGAAGCCCCUGCGGCCGACGGUCCGGAGGCCGAAAAGGCGCCAGCUGAGGAAACCACCGCCGACCAGCCUGACGGGGAGACUCAACAGGAGAGUCCAGUCGACAACGCCGAGCCUUCGUCUGAGCCUCAAGCUCCCAGUGAAGAGGUCGCGGCCGAGAGUCAGCCUGAUGCUCAGCCUGAGGACCCCGCACCAGCUUCAGAAGAUACUCAGCCAGAGACUGAGGCAGAGAACAAGGACGUGGACUCUCCCCCAGCUCCAGAGGAUGCUCAGCCAGAGAAGGAGGCAGAGAACGACCCUGAGCCGGCAGCCCCGGCUCAGGAUCAAGAGUCUGCCCCUGAGGACUCUUCGCCAGCUGGAGAUGAUGCCCCGAGCUCUGAUUCGCCGAAGGAAGAGACAGAAGCGCCAGCCUCUGAGGUUGUUGCCGACGAUUCUGAGCCCCCCAGUGGAGAAGUCGCGGCCGAGAGCCAGCCUGAUCCUCAACUUGAGGACGCUCCAGCCGUUGCAGAAGAUGCUCAACCGGCGGCCGAGGCGGAGAACAAGGACGCAGCCCCUGAACCGGCAGCCGCAGCUGAAGAUCCCGCGCCAGCUCCGGAAGAUGCUCCAACCUCAGAUCCGCCUCAGGAAGAGACGGAGACGUCGGCUGAGACCAGCGAUGUAACUCCUGAAGCGGUCGUCGCAGCUGACGAUCCCGCGCCAGCUGACGAUCCCGCGACAGCUGAAGAUCCAGCGCCAGCUGAGGAUCUUUCGCCGGCUCAGGAUGAUGCCCCGAGCUCAGACCCGCCGCAGGCGGAGACAGAAGCGCCGGAAGAGACUGUUGCCGCUGAACCUGCCGAGCCUGAUGCGGCCGAGGAUGCGCAGCCAACUCCUCCAGAGACCACCGAGGCUUCUGAUGCCAAGCAAGAGGAUUUGGAGGCCGAAGGCAAUGAGGCGCCAGAGGCCAAGGACGCCGACGAGGCGCAGCAGCCCGACUCUCAGCCAGAGGGAGAGACAACACCAGUCGAACCUGAAUCAACACAGCAAGAGGAGGGCGAGCCCGCGGCUGAUCCACCUGCGCCUCAGGAGGUCGUUGACACCCAGCCUAAAGAGGCCCUUCCGGAGACCAAGGACGCGCCCCCGGAUGUCGAGGAAGCCGAAGGUGGCGGGGAACCACCCGUCGCCGAGGAACCAGAGCCAGCCGACCAGUCUACGCCCGAUCAGGACGAAAAGACAGAGGAGAAGCCCGCAGAACCUGCUGCUGAGGCCGUCAGUGAUCCUGCUCCAGAUGCGCCAGAGGGUGAAGUUGGCGGGGACACCGCGGAUCAAAAGCUUGACUCUGAGGCGCCCCCAGCAGCUUCCGACGAAGCCGAUAAGGCUGAUUCGGGAACCCCAAGCGAUCAGGUUGAAGCUCAGGAACCAGAGGUUACCGCAGCUGAGAGUGCCGCGCCUGAAGGAGAAUCUGCCGAGGAAGCCGUUCAGGAAGAAACCAAGCCUGCUCCUGAGGAACCAACCGAGAGCUCUGUCACUGAAGAGGCUCCUCCCGUCACUGAAGAAGAGGCCCCUCCUGCAACUGAAGAGACCGCUGCUGCACCAGAAGAAACCCCUCCUGUUGUUGAAGAAGAUGCCCCUACCGUCACCAAAGAGGCUCCACCUGCUACCAAGGAAGAAUCCCCUCCUGCCGCCGAAGAGGCGACUCCUCCUGCUGCCGAAGCGGAGGCUCCUGCUGCUGCUGAAGAGGAAGCCACUGCUGUACCGGAAGAAACCCCCUCUACUGCUGAAGAGGCGGCUCCUCCUGCCGCUGAAGAGGAGGCUGCUGCUGUACCAGAAGAAGCUCCUCCUGUUGCUGAGGAGGAGGUCCCUCCUGCUGCCGAAGACGCGGCCCCUCCUGCUGCCGAAGCGGAGGCUCCUGCUACUACUGAAGAGGCGACCACUGCUGUGCCAGAUGAUGCUCCUCCUGCUACUGAAGCGGAGGCUCCCGCUGCCCCUGAAGAGGAGCCUGCUGCCGCUGCCGUUGAAGAGGAGCCUCCUGCUGCUGCUGCUGCCGAGGAGGCAGCCCCUCCUGUAGCCGAAGCGGAGGCCCCUGCCGCUCCCCCUGAGGAGGAGGCGGGUGUUGUACCAGAGGAAGCUCCUCCUGUUGCUGAAGAGGAGCCUGCUGCUGCUGCCGCUGAAGAAGAGCCUCCUGCUGCUGCCGCUAAAGAGGAGCCUGCUGCUACUGCUGCCGAAGAGGAGCCUUCUGCCGCUCCUGCCGAAGAGGAGCCUUCUGCUGCUGCCGCUGAAGAGGCAGCUCCUCCUGUUGUCGAAGUGGAGGCUCCUGCAGCUGCCCCUGAAGAGGAGGCGGGUGUUGUACCAGAAGAAGCUCCUCCUGCUGUUGAUGAGGGAGCCCCGGUUGCUGAGGAGGCUGCUGCCGUUACUGAAGAAGCCCCUGUUGCUGAGGAAGCUCCUGUUGCCGAAGAGGCUCCUCCUGUCGCUGAAGAGGAGAAGCCAGCUGAAUCUCCGGACGAGAGCCAUGCCGCUGAAAUUGCGGCAGGUGUUGCUGCGGCUGCUGCUGCCGCAACCGCUGCUGCUGUUGUUAGUGAUCAAGCUGGCCCAGAGGCUGCGCAAACAAGAUCUUUGGAUGCGGAGGAGAGCAAGGACAAAGUUGGUCCGAUUGCUGGUGAGGAGAAAACAGGUGAGAAUUCCCUUCCUUCCCUUGAAUCCGAUUCCCCCGAUGGAGAAGUACGGGAAGGAGAGGAAGAAAGCAACCCCGAGAAUGGAGACCAGGAUUCCCAGGAAAACCCGGACGCCGCCGAUGGAAGCAAUGAGGACGAGCCUCAACAGAUACCGGAGGAGGGUGAAACAGCUACGAGCAACGAGAAUGUCGAUGUGCCAGAGGCCCAGGAAACCGAGGAAACCGCGCCGCCGGAACAAGAAAACGCGAACGAGGAUUCUCAGCCCGCCGAUGACAACACUGCCGCUGCCCCCGAUGACGUUCCUGAGAGCACGCCUAGUGAUGAAACCCCUACGGCUGUCGAGGCCGAGCCGGAACCCGAGCAACCCCCUCCUGAAGAGCAGGGUGAGGGCGAGGAGGGCGCCGCUUUAGCUGAGCAGCAACCCGCAGAGGAGCCUUCAGAGGAGCCGGAGAAGCAACCAGAGGAGCAGCCUGAAGAGCAACCCGCCAAUGAACCCGAAGUCCAACCUCAAGGUUCAGAGGAAAGUGAGACGACGCCUGAACAAGCAGUCGAAAGCCCUGAAAACGAUGACCAGAACGGCGACGAUGCACUCGUCGCUGGUGCUGCGGUGGCUGGCGUUGCGACCGCAGUUUUGGCUGCUCAAAUUGGCGAAGGUUCGGAUUCAAACGAUGCCCCAGUACCCGAAGCUCAGGCGGAUGAGACCAUGUCACGUCGAGGAUCUUCAGACAAGCUCACGCAAACUCUGGAGGAUAACACCCCACUGCUACCUUCUGCCAUCAUUACCAGUCAAAAGACACAAGACGUGGAUGCCGACUUCUCUCCGGUUGAAAGAGAGGGAUACUCGGAUCAAGGAACACAAACCGACAGCUCGGUCUGGGGUCUUAGACCUUCGACGCCUGCAGUUGUCCUCCCUGAUCUUUGCGAUCCCACUUCACCGGCCUCCAGGCACAGGGCGAAGGCUCUUAGGAGACAACGCAAGGUCUCAGUCGCUCAAGCCGAAGAGCUCGUCGCGGCGGCAGUGGUCAUUUACGCUACGGCCCAGGCUCUCAGCCCACCGAACAGUCCCUUCUCUCGGUCCAGCACAGCCCUUGUCAAGGCGAUGCCCAGCUUCGAGCAACAGAUGAAGAUGAAGCCAAAGAAGGACCGACCCUUUUUCUCGAGGUUCCUACCAAGCCUUCUAUCCAGACGCAGGAGUACUACCACUACGGGAGCGGACAAUGUCGCUGAACUUGAAGCUAACGAGUUUACAGAAAGAAAAGAAGCAGAGUCUCGCGAGAAGCAUCGCAGACACCGCCACCAUUCGACCUCGUAUUCCAGUCGCGUGCGAGGCGACGACGAAAGCCGCGAUAGCAGCCGCCGCUACUCCUCGCACUCCCACCACUCCCACCGACGGCACCGCACCGAUAGCGAACGAUCCGCUCGAUCUCGCGACACAGCACCCAGCACCCCGCCAAGAACCCCCAGGAGACAAGACAGUGGGUUCUCGGACAGCCCUCAAAGUGCUUCCCAGCGCCGUCAUCGUGGUGAAAGAAGCGAACGGAGCGAGCGCAGCGAACGCACUGAGAGGAGGAGCAGCCGUUCCGAACGCACACCAGAGGAGCAAGCUGCCCAUGACAAACGCAAAGAACUGCGGAAGUUGGCAAAGGAGAAGGAGCGUGAGCGUGAGGCCGAGAUCGAACGGGAACGUGAGCAUGAACGAGAAAAGGAGAGAGACCGCGAGAGGCGCAGAGAAAAGGCGCGCCAGCGUGACAGAGAGCGCGAGCAGGAGGAGGCGGACCGAGCUCGCCGCAAGGGAAAGGAGCCAGAGGUGCCGCCCAAGCCAGAGGAGCCCGUGGAACGCAGUCGCCAUCGGUCUCGUCGCCACAGCACUUCCACUUCCGACGCCCGACCCGAGCGCACUUUCAGUCGCAGGGAAGCCAGAGAACCCUCCAUGGACAAGACGGAAAAGAGGAGAAUCUUCAGCACCAAGAACCCGGAAGGUGCGCCUUCAUCGACAACCCCUCCCCAGGUCCGUCCCCUUGUCAGGGAGGACCUGCCGAUGGGUGACGAGGCAGGACCACAAGAUGCCGCGGCAUCUGGUGAGACUCCCAAACGGUCACGCUCCACCAGGCACCACGUCCGCCGCUCCGAGGACGGCGAAAGGGCCAAGCUGCGAAAGGUUCGCGAGCAGGUCGCCGAGGAGGCGAAGCGCGCAGCAGACAAGGACAAGCCCCGCUCGAAGCACUCGGACGAUACCCGUCGCAGGGCUCGCGAAGACGAGAGGAGGAAGACCAGAGACGUCGAGAAGGAGAGGGAGAAGGAGAAGGAGAAGGGCGGGAUCAAGGGCAUGUUCAAGCGGUUGUUCGCCUAA